UUCAAUUAUUAUGGAACCAUUAAAUAAAAAGCAAAAGUUAAAUAAUGAUGAUGAUGAUGAUGAUAAUGUAAACGACAUAUUCAAAUCUUUGAUUGAUAUCAUUGAUUGGAAUUAUUUAAAUAACACAGCAGUAGAGUAUCAUGAAUAUAAUAAAAUUUAUACAAUUACAUAUAAACAUCUUAAUGAAGGAAGAUAUAAAAUUGCAUUGAAAGUGUUAAAAUAUAUAGAACAUUUUGAAUUUAUUGGUAUUUGCGAUGAUGUUCCUGAAUUUUGUAUACCAACGUUAAUAUUAGGAAUAUUAACAAAAGGAUGUGGUUUUGUUAAUUUAUCUUUAAAAAAUGUUACUACGUAUAACAAGUUUGUAUCUACGUUAUACAUAAAAUACAUUUUUCUACGACAUCCUGUAGACGUUGAAGAUAUUAUUUGUAAAUUUAAAUUAUACGGUGCAUAUAUAUAUUUAACCAUAGUAAAAGAAGCACAGGAACGAUAUAUAGAAAAUGUUCAUAGUGGUUAUGCUUAUGCAAUUUCUACAUCAGGAUCAACUGGUGAAGAAAAAAUUUGUAAAAUACUUCAUUCUUGUAUAGUACCUAAUAUCAUUGAUUUAAAAUUGAUUCUACGUAUUUCACAUCGUGACAAAAUUGCACAACUGACAAGUUUAACAUUUGAUCCUAGCAUAAUAGAAAUAUUUUUAAGUCUUCAUUCUGCCAGUACAAUAUUUAUGGUAUCGAAAAGAAUUAAAAAUGAUGCUGAUAGACUUUUAAAUGUAAUACAUUGGAGCAAAGUAACCGUAUUGCAAACAACUCCAUCGCUACUUUUUCAUAGAUGGUCUCCUGAACGUCUUUCCAGUACAAUUCUUGGAAUAUUUAAUCCAUUGCAUGUAAUUAUCUUGGGUGGCGAACAUUUUCCCGAGAUAGACAAACUUAAAAAGAUUAGACAUAUUGAAAAUAAUACUGCAUUUUUUAAUAUAUAUGGCAUUACAGAGGUAUCAUGUUGGGCUAGUAUUAAUGAGAUUGUUAAAUUAGAUAGAAAAAGUAUACCUUCUAAUCUUGGUAAAGUUUUGUCUAAUACAAUAUUUGAAGUUAGAAGUGAAUAUGAUGGUAGUCUAGUGACUGAAGGUUCAGGUCAUCUUUUUAUUGGAAGCAGCAGUAGAAUAUCUGUUAUUGACAAUGAAGUUUUUCAUAAAUUGACUAAACCUGUAUUUCGUAAUACAGGUGAUAUUGUACAUAUUGAUCACCUUGGACGAAUAUUUUAUCAAGGAAGACAUGACGAUAUUAUAAAACGAUAUGGAAAUAAAUUAAAUUUAUUAAAACUUAAUGAAAUAAUAAACAAAUUAGAUUUUGUACAUAAUUGUUAUUCUUGGUGGAACAAGGAGAGACAUAAAUUACAUUUGUGUAUACACAUUAGAAUGAUUAAUGGAAUUAAUAAGUAUAAAUUAAAACAAAAAGUUAAGUUGCAUUUAGAAAGUUUACCUGAUUUUUACAAACCAGAUAAAAUUCAUUUUAUGAAUGAUAUUCAACUUACCAAAAAUGGCAAGAUUUGUAAGAAAUAUUUACAAAAUAUAUGUACGCAAGAUAAAAUUGUAUUGAAUAAUUAUCAAGAUGAAAUUGAAGAUAUUUUUACAAGUUUAUGGGAUAAUUAUUUAUAUUCUAAAACAUAUGGAUUUAUAAAAUCAGGUGGAACUUCUAUCAUGGCUCUUCAAAUUUCAACAGAGAUUUGUGAACUUGUAAAUAUACAAUUUCCUAAUUUAAUUGGAAUGUUAUUGAAAGAUUCUACAUUUGAGGAAUGUCUGACGUAUCUUAAAUCAUCAUUUAAUUUAACGCCCAAUGAAAUUGAUGUUUCUAUUAAUAAUACGUCUAAGGAAACAUGUGCAAUUAUGGAUAAAUCAAUUUCAAAUAAUUCUAAUAAUAUAAAUGAAGAAAAUAUAUGUUUAUGGCAAAUAUGUAAAGGAGAAACGAAUAAACAUAUAUCUUUUAAUAAUCAAAUAUUAAAGUCGUAUAAAAAAGUAUCUAAUAUUCGUGUUAAAAGUACAUUUAAUUUAAUUAGUUGUGUAGAUUCGUCACCAACUGUAUUUCAGUAUAACAAGAAAAUAUUUGUUACUGUAGGUUCACAUUUGGGUGUAAUUUGUACAGUCGAACUUGAAGCAGAAAAUAAUAGGGAUGCAUAUAAAAUUCAACUUCCAAAUUCAGUUGAAGCUUCAAUUGUAGUUUUAGAUAAUUUCAAAGGUAUCGUUGGUUGUUACGAUCAUCAUAUUUAUUGUUUUUGCUUAAAGACAGGAGAAAUUGUUUGGAAAUAUGAAACAGGAGAUAUAGUCAAAUGUACAGCUUUAUUAUCUGAAUCUAAUAAUGUAUUAUAUAUUGGAUCUUACGAUAAAAACAUAUACUGUCUUUCCACUGAAAAUGGAAGGAAAAUUUGGAACGUGAAAUUCAGUGAAUCGAGUAUUACAGCAAAAGGAAUUUUACAUUCAACAACGGAAUCAGUAUUAUUUGGAACAUUAGGUGGUACUUGUAUAGCAUUAAAUCAAUCUAAUGGAAAUAUUUAUUGGAGACGUGAAAUAUCUAGUUCUAUUUUUGUAUCACCUGUUAUACUUCACAAUGGAUUUGUACUUUUUACCGGAGUAACAGGUUUAUUAAUCUGUUUUGAUAUUCAAGCUGAUACAAAGUUAUGGACAUACGAAGUAAAUAACGUUAUACUUUCAAAACCCAUAACACAAUAUGAUUCGAUAAAAAAUUGUGAAAAUAUUAUCGCAUGUUCGCGCAAAAGUAUUCAUUAUUUGGAAUUAAAUUAUACAGUAGAAAAGCACGAACCAAUAGCAAAGUAUGUUAAAAGUGUAUCAUCGGAAAUUUAUACAACACCUUGGAAGGAAGAUAAUUAUGCGUGUAUAGCUUGUAAAGAUGGUUCAUUAUACAUCUAUGAACUUACCCAAGGAGAUAUAUUAUCGAGUAUUAAACUUGAUGGAGAAAUAUUUUCAUCACCGGUUGUGAUAAAUGGAUUGAUCGUAGUUGGAUGUAGAGAUGACAAUCUUUACAUUUUAGAACAAUGUGAAGAAAAUAUUGACAAAGUUUAUACAAAUUCAAAAAAGGAUUUUAAAAUUAAAAAAAUUCCUAAAAAAACGACAAACUCAAAUUAA